AUCGGAAUCGCCGUCGACCUCAGUGACGAGAGCGCCUUCGCCGUCAAAUGGGCUGUCCACCACUACCUCCGCCCCGGCGACGCCGUGAUCCUCGUCCACGUCCGCCCCACCUCCGUCCUCUACGGCGCCGAUUGGGGAUCCGUAGACCUCUCCAUCGUCGAUACUAACGAAGAGUCUCAGCAAAAGCUCGAAGACGACUUCGAUACCUUCACCACCACCAAGGCUAGCGAUCUCGCUCAGCCGCUUGUCGAGGCUCAGAUACCGUUCAAGAUCCACAUCGUGAAGGACCACGACAUGAAGGAGAGGCUGUGCUUGGAAGUCGAGAGGCUAGGGUUGAGUGCAGUGAUUAUGGGGAGCCGAGGGUUUGGUGCGAUCAAGAGAGGUAACAAUGGAAGGCUCGGGAGUGUUAGCGAUUACUGUGUUCGUCACUGUGUUUGUCCUGUGGUGGUUGUGAGGUAUCCGGAUGAGAAGGAUGGUGGUAAUGCGCCUCAAGUGUCUGUGGCGUCUGCCGCGGAGGAUGAGGACGAGCCGGAGUUCCAUGAUGCCUCGGAUGAUCGGAAAGAUACCUAGCUGGAAUUCGGAGUCGGUGCUGGAUUCCCUCAACUGCAGUUGUUUCUGAUAUGUCAUUGAACGCUUGACAUUGCUUCUGGGUUUUGUUUUGGUGCCAUAGAAAGUGUAGAAGGCGAUCGAGUUACGAAACUUAGGGGAGUUGUCUCAGAAUUAAUUGGAUGCUAUUGAUAUUGUGGAUCAUAAGACAUGUAAAGAACAGUGGUUGUUCACUCCAUGGUUUGAUGAGUUUGUUUUUAGAACUCCAAUAGAGAAUGCUAUAUCUUGCACUCUCUGAUGUAUAAAAUUGAGCUUUUGGUUGUGCUUGUUGGAACUGAAAUUCGGACCAUAACUGCCUUCAGUAACUGUUGUGCCCUUGUGAUGAUUUUGCAUAGCACCGAUGCUGUUUGGCUUGUGU